GGAAAAACUAGGAAAACAGGAGAUAUGGCCGGUGUGUUUCUCAGUAAAAAACGCAGCAGCACUAGCGGGGAAAUAUGAACAAACAACUGUUACUGCCACGCUAGUGGGGCGGUUUAGAUAAGGCUUGAAUGCAAGCAGCUCCUUCAGCAGCGCCUGCGUGGCGGUUCGAGACCUGCCUUCUUCCCCUACGCCCUUUCUCCCUCUUCCUCCUCGGGUGCAGAAUGUUAUCUUGAGGGCCGAAUUUAACUGAGCUCAGAGCUCGAACAACUGAUCCCUUCGACCACCCUCUAACCCACCAUCCUGAUCACCUCCCUUCGACUCCCCCCUUUUCACCUCGCCAAAACAGCAAUUUAAACUCGCGCGCACACCAAUACGCCUCAAAAUGCAGAACCAAGAGAUUGAGGAGAUCGUAGCCGUGUCGCCCCCUCAAUACAGGAACGAGGGCAUCUCAAGCCCCCCUUCCGCACAAGCGACGUACUUUUGGGCCAAUGUAGAUGGAGGGCUCCUUGGAUGGCUCACCGUCACCGGUGCGUGGUUGUUGCAAUUUGCCAUGGUGGGAGCUGUCACUUCGUUUGGCAGCUAUCAGACGUUUUAUCAGAAUAUCUGGCUGAGUACAUACUCUUCCUCGAGCAUCGCAUGGAUAGGCAGUCUGCAGCUAUUCUUGGAGUUUUUCUUGGGGGUCUUUGGUGGUUUCCUCCUCGACGCGGGCCGAUUCCGAGUGACCAUCGCCUGUGGCACCUUGCUUUUCAUUUUCGCCUUCUUCAUGCUGAGCCUGUGCCAGGCAGGAAUGUUUGCUCCCAUCCUCUUAAGUCAGGGCAUCGGCAUGGGCGCCGGCUUGGGCUUGGCUUACUUGCCUGUAUCUGGGGUGGUAUCUCAACACUUCAACAAACGGCGAGGCUUGGCUAUGGGCGUAAUUACUACUGGCUCGUCUCUUGGCGGAUUUGCUUUCUCGGUUCUAGCUAGCAAGUUAUUCCAGCCACUAGGAUUUGGCUGGACAGUUCGAGUGUGUGCCUUCAUCGUGCUAGGUUGCCUUGCUCCAGCGUUCUUUCUGAUCAAGGAGCCGGUACGGAACGGUGAAAAGGAAGCUCCUCACCAAGUGCAAGGCAAAAUAGAAUGUCAGGAAGAUGUAGGAAAGUUGUCCAGUUUAGGCAACAGCUCCCAUGACGCUACUCCUCCCCCUACAAUCAGAUCCCUAUUGCUCGAUCCGGCGUAUGUCGCAACCAUUUCAAGCGGGUUUGUCGUGUGCCUUGGGCUUUACUACCCCAUGUUUGCAAUCGAAGCCUUUGCGCUCGACAGAGGCAUCCAUCCAGACCUAGCAUCAUGGUUGCUGUCCCUCUUGAACGUGUCAAGUGUUCUAGGGCGACUCAUACCCAAUUAUCUAGCCGACCACUGGGGAAUGUAUGAGCUCUACGUGCCUUGUACGGCAGCCGCAGCGGCACUCCUGUUCGCCUUUCCAGCUUGCACAACAGCCAGUUCCAUCGUCGUCUUUGCAAUUCUCUAUGGUUUUUUUUCAGGAUCGAUCGUGUCUCUCUACUUCCCGACUGUCUCAUCGCUUGAUCCCCAGGUCGCAUCCACUGGGCUUCGCCUGGGUUUGGCAUGCAUGCCAGUUGGGAUCGCUUCGCUAGUUGGCACGCCUAUCGCUGAAGCUCUCGUCGGAUCUGGCAAGCCUGCCUCAUUUCGCCGAUGGCCAGCAGGCGCCUACUUUGGAGCCGCGGCAGAGAUAUUCAGUGCUGUACUGCUCGCCGGUGCAUGGCUUUCGGUCAAGCGUCGUUCUCGUCCGGCAUAUGCGUGACGCCUCUCUUUGAGACAAAGCCUCCAUUUAAUCUCAAAUACUCCUCACACGUUAGAGCAGGUGUGACCUUCCACUAGCAGAGACUCAUGC